ACUAAGCUAAACCCCAAAUUAACUAACGAAGAAAAAUGUAAAUUUUGUGUUCGUUGUGACCCAAGACAGAGGGCAGCUCUUUACAGGCGUUCACUCUGAUGUUGUUCUUUUAAAAGGAAAACCUAAAUUGUUCCUCCCGGCCGAUAUUAAAAGAAAUACUCCAGAACCGAGCAAUAUUAUAGUUUAUCGGCAAUAUCCAGAAUUUUUUGCAUACCCAAAUCAAUUUUAGCUCAUUGCCAAAUCGAUUGUAAGCUUCAAUUACCCCACGAAAAUGGUAUUGUUGGAGACAGACCCCUUUCUGACUGAGCUGACAAAGAUGUAUGAAAGAACAAGGGAUACAGGCUCUGUUUGGGUUACUCUCAAAAGAUCUUCUUUGCAAAGCAAAAAGAAAAGGAAGCUUCAAGAUGGAGUUGGAGGUGAGCAACAGACUUCAGAUUAUCGCUGCCUUGUAAGGGCCACUGAUGGGAAAAAGACUAUCAGCACAACGCUAUCAGCUAAGGAUCAUCAACGUUUCCAAGCGGCUUAUGCAACUGUGUUGAAAGCCCACAUGGAUGCUUUGAAGAAGAGGGAAAGAAAAGAUAGGAAAGAGAAGAAAACUGCUGAAAAUGAUGAGAAAAAUACACAAAGUGGAAAGAAGGCAGCCCAAAGCAAGAAACCAACACCAAAACCAUCUACGUGAACUUUCCUUCUGAUAAAUUAUUUGAAUUGAUCUGCACGAGGCAGCUGAAUCUUUGAGCUUAUUGUUGGACUAGCUUCUUGUUCAGCAUGAUGCAGUAUUUGCAUUUGCUAGUUGGAAUCAAAUUUAUGGAUUGCAGAAAUAUAAAUGACAUAGUUGCCAUGAUGGCAACUAUUGUGCUGGGUUUUUUCUGUUGCCAAACCUGGAAUUCAAAAGUUCAGUACAAUAUUGUAGAUGAUUCAAUGUUGAACAUUACUGAUUUGAUGACAACAAUGUAUCUCUGAAAGCUGUUGCCAAUUUUCCGCCAUUUACAUCCCAUUGUGUGGAAAUGAUCACAAUUAUUUAUCAUUAAUGUGUGCUUGCAGUUGAUCUAUAAAUUCAUAAUUUACUCGUGAA